AUGUGGGAUGAGGCACUCGCUGGAAUCCAAAAACAUCUGAUUACCUCAACGAAGCAUUCGAAAUUGCAGUUUGUUGCCGAGCUACCAACCGGAAUUGGUAGCAAAUUAUCCCCCAAGAUGGACCAUCUGGUCUGCUUCCUGCCUGGGUCCAUCGCACUAGGUGUAACAGGUGGACUUGCGAUAGCAGAAGCACGAAAGAUCCAUGGUUGGAGUGAAAGGAAAGAGAAGCAGAUGAAACUUGCGCAAGAGCUUAAGAAGACAUGCUGGGGAAUGUACAAAGUCACUGAAACCGGACUGACGCCUGAGAUUGCCUGGUUCGAAGCUGAUGAUGCAGACCUCCAAUUUACUCUAUUUCCUGGGGUGUUGAGUCAUCUUUAA